ACAUAUUACCAGCGCACCGUGUGCAAAAUGUUUUCUAGCUUCUGACGUGUGCAAACUUUUACAUCACUAAAAGUUCAAGCAUCCGUCCUACGAAGAUGCCUCCAAAAUUUGGUGGAGCCGAGAAGUGUGAGAUAUGCCAGAAGUCGGUGUAUGCAGCAGAAAGAAUUGAAGCUGGAAAUAAACCAUUUCAUAAAUUAUGUUUUAAGUGCAGCGAUUGUAAAAUGUCUUUAAAUUUGAACAAUUAUAAACAAGCACAUGGAAUAUUGUAUUGUACCAAACAUUUCCAGGAACAUGUGGUAUCUAAAAAUACUCAAACACCAGUGUUGUGACGGAUCACCAUAGAAACAAACAACAUAUUUUGUGAAUGAAUGCUGAGCCAAAAUUGAAAAAAAAGAGAUGCAUUUAGUUAAACAGGCGUAUAAUAUUGUAGUCUUACAGUGUGUGUUUUGUAACACAAUGUAGUAUUGUUUUGUAAAUAUUAAAUAUGAUUCACUGUU